CUGUGAGUGUAACACAAAGUUCCCCAGCAGACAGCUGUGCGGGGCCCAUGUGGAUCUGGCAGACCGGAGCGAAACAGCGGCUUAAAAAUCACCGAAUCAAGCCGAUCUUUCACGCUAAUGCGAGCUCUUUAGGUCAUCCGUGUCUGUGAACUAGUGAAGAUGCUGAAGGAGGGGUUAGACGGGCAGCUUACAGUGCUUUAUAAUGCGGUCGCCGCCUCAGUGCAGGUUCAGGUUGAGCCUGUGGGUCGCUGGUUCGAGGCGUUUUUGAAGCGUAGGAGUAGAAAUGUGUCGGCUUCAUUUCAAGAGCUAGAGGAAGAGGAGGAGCUGUCUGAGGAAGAGGAGGAUGAGGGGCUGCAGCUGGAGGAGUAUCCCAUGCUAAAGACACUGGACCCCAAAGACUGGAAGAACCAAGAUCACUAUGCUGUUUUAGGUCUCGCACACAUCCGGUACAAAGCUACCCAGAAACAGAUCAAAGCUGCUCAUAAAGCCAUGGUCCUCAAACAUCACCCAGACAAACGGAAAGCAGCCGGAGAGCAGAUUACGGAGGGCGAUAAUGAUUAUUUCACUUGCAUAACAAAAGCGAUGGAGAUCCUGUCAGAUCCUGUGAAGCGAAGAGCGUUUGACAGCGUGGACCCCACUUUUGACAACAUGGUUCCUUCAAAAGCAGAAGGCAAAGAAAACUUCUUUGCGGUGUUUGCGCCGGUGUUUGAGAGGAACAGCAGAUGGUCUUCUAAAAAACACACCCCGAGUCUGGGAGCCGGGGACGCGUCUUUUGAAGAGGUGGAUAAUUUCUAUUCCUUUUGGUACAACUUCGACUCGUGGAGAGAAUUUUCAUAUUUAGAUGAAGAGGAAAAGGAAAAAGCUGAAUGUCGAGAUGAGAGGAGGUGGAUUGAGAAACAGAACCGAGCCUCUCGAGCUCAGAGAAAGAAGGAAGAGAUGAAUAGGAUACGGACGCUUGUUGACACGGCCUACAACUGUGACCCGCGAAUAAAGAAAUUCAAAGAGGAGGAGAAAGCCAGGAAAGAGUCGGAGAAGAAGGCUAAAGUAGAGGCGAAGAAACGAGAGCAGGAGGAGAAAGAGCGGGCACGUCAGGCGGAAGAGGAGGCAGUGCGGGUUCAGAGGGAGAAGGAGGAGGAGGCGGCCCGACAGGCAGCACAGCAGGCCAAGAAGGAGAAAGAAGCCCAGAAGAAGGCCAUCAAGAAAGAGCGGCAGAAGCUCAGGACCACUUGCAAGACUCACAACUACUUCACAGAGAGUGAAGCCGACAGCGUCAGGAUGAUGGAGGAGGUGGAGAAACUCUGUGACCGCUUAGAGCUGACCAGUUUGCAGACGCUGAAUGAAGCUUUGGCCUCUGGGAAUAAAGAGCAGAGUAAAGCGGCUCUGGAGAAACGGGUGCAGGAGGUGAACGUCCAGAUGCAGAAGGAGAAGGAGGUGGAGAUGCAGGCGCAGCAGGCGGCCCGCGGGGCUGAGCACACCAGCUCAGGAGGAGGAGGGCCCAAUAACAGAGGCUGGAACGAGGAAGAUCUGCAGCUGCUCAUCAAAGCAGUCAACCUGUUUCCCGCCGGAACCAACGCCAGGUGGGAGGUGAUCGCCAACUACAUGAACCAGCACUCCAGCAGCGGCAUAAGGAGAACCGCCAAAGACGUCAUCAAUAAAGCAAAGACACUGCAGAAGCUGGAUCCUCACCAGAAAGACGAGAUUAACCGAAAGGCCUUUGAGAAGUUCAAGAAGGAGCAUUCGGCUGUUCCUCCGACUGUAGACAACGCAAUGCCAUCAGAGAGAUUUGAUGCUGUUAGUGAGUCCAACCCCUCACCCUGGACUACAGAGGAGCAGAAGCUGCUGGAGCAGGCGCUGAAGACGUACCCAGUGAACACACCGGAGCGCUGGGAGAAGAUCUCCGACACCGUGCCUGGACGCUCCAAGAAAGACUGCAUGAAGAGAUACAAGGAGCUGGUGGAGAUGAUAAAGGCUAAGAAAGCCGCCCAGGAGCAGGUCAGCGCUAAAAACAAGAAAUGACAAACAUGCCGCAGGGAAAGAAAACACACACAAACACACACAACAUGGUCUUUUAACUUUAUUGUGUUGUUCCUUAUUUUAUAAUAAAACAUGAACGUGAAAAAAAGCACACAUUAAA